CAUCCAGCGGAAGUAAACAACACAAGCGCUAGUAGCGUUAGCUGCAUGUAUAUGUUGAAUUAGCUGGAAGACGAUAUUGUAGUCGUUGCGCAGAUAAUUAUUUAAUUUGUAAUUAAGCAACAAUGUCUUCAGUCGAGUAUUUGAGAGAGUUUGUCAACGAGCGACUAACUGCUGCUGCUGAAGAAAUAUUCGGAGUUUUUAAAAAAACUAUCUUCGAGUACGAGGAAGAGAUCGAUCGUCAGCGCAGACUGCUGGAUAUCUUUUGGAAACCCGAAAUAAAGUUACACAGGAUAGAGCUCCCACAGCAACAUGUCUGUACGGAGGAGGAGGUUCUGGCUGACCAGCAGCUCUGUAUUCAGGAGAGGAACUCCAGUCUGGACCAAGAGGACCCAGAGCCUCCACAGAUUAAAGAGGAACAGGAGGAACUCUGCACCAGUCAGGAGGGAGAGCAGCUUGUACUGAAGCAGGAGACUGAUGCCUUUAUGUUGACUCCUACUGAUGAGGAAAGUGACCACAGUGAACCAGAACCAAACAGGGACCAGCAGCUCGUCUCUCACAACUCUCAUGCAGCUGAGCGCCAAGAUCAGAAAGGAGGCAAGCAUGGAGACUCAGGAUCAACUAAAGUUGCAGAGCCAAAACAAAUGAAUCAACAUCACAAAAGUGAAAGUCAUAGUAACAAUGUAUACAACUCUACCAUGUCAGAGAUUCCCAGUAAUACUCUCACGGGUAAAAAAUCUUUAAUUUGUGACACUUGUGGGAAAGAUUUUAAGUACAAGUCAAGAUUGCAGACACACCUGAGAAGCCACACAGGUGAGAAGCCAUAUUCUUGCAAAACAUGUGGGGUGGCUUUCAAACAUAGUAGUCAUUUGAUAGUCCACAUGAGAACAGCUCACAGUGGUGAGAGACCAUAUUUUUGCAACACCUGUGGGAAACAAUUUCCUAUCAGGUCAAGCUUGAAAGACCACAUAAGAAUCCACACAGGUGAGAAGCCGUACCUAUGCAACACCUGUGGGAAAAGAUUUUGUCAAACAUCAGCAUUGAACACUCAUACAAGAAUCCACACAGGUGAAAAGCCAUAUUCAUGCAAAACAUGUGGGAAAGAUUUCAGAUUUAGUAGUACAUUGACAGGCCACAUGAGAACCCACACAGGUGAGAAGCCGUACCUUUGCAAGACCUGCGGGAAAAGAUUUUUUUAUGCGUCUCAUUUGACAAGGCAUAUAAAACUGCAUACAGACAAGUAGCCUUGUAUUUGCAAAAUAUGUGGGAGACGAUUCAGUUCUAGGGGUUUGUGGUCAAUACACAAAAUAACUCAAAGUGAGAAGCCACAUAACUGCAGCACUUGUGGCAAAAGUUUUACUCAAAUCACAUACUUGAAAAAACACCUGAAGAUCAAUAUACACAGGAGAAACCAUCGAGCUGAAACUCCUGUGGAGACGUGUUCACCUACUGAAUGUAAUACACUUUUGCAAUAGCUCCAUCUCUGUAACUGAAUGUAAAAUGUUCUCCAUAAGAUGGGAUGUCACUUUCUUAGUGUAAGGUUCACCUUCAUAUGACUGUAUUAGUUAAAUUUAAGUUAGCAACAGUAUUUCUUUGAAAUAAUUGUAAUCUCCCAAAUGGAGGCUGCUAAAGUAAUUGUGUGAUCUUGAUGGCUGUAUUAUUUUUACUUUAAAGGCUAUGUAUACAUAUAUAUAAGAUACAGUGGAGUAAUGGUGUCCUGAGCAGAGAAUGACGUCACACUUUCUGUGUGUGUUAUAAUCCGAUCUUGUCUGUUCUUUGUUUUGGUAGCCGAUCAGGCUGCGUGUGCAUGUGAAACUGUUGGCUUUGAGGAGAGCGAUAUAAUGGCUGUUUGUUUUCUCAUCUAAUGCCGUGAAUUAAGGAUUUAUUUUGACCAAAUAAGAGUUGGUGAUUGUUGAAACAGUGGAAAGACUAACAACAACAUUUUUUGUGGGUUUUAUUUUGUUUCUGUCCAGUUUGAAUGAAGGGUGUUUUACGAUAAUCUGCGAGGUAAAAUUACUGUUUUUCUCAGUGGAGUCUGGUGGGCCGUAGCGCCCAAUUAUUUUGGUCUGAGAUGCUGGUGCUCUAGUGUGACAUUUAGUGGCAAUGAAUAUUACAUAUAGAACCAUUAGAGUUCAACAAGGACUUUAAAUCUAUCUACCUCAAGUUGUUUCAUAGCUCUAUAUGAAGCCUCCUACACAUCUUUGCAAGAAGUCAGAUUUUACAUUUGAGAAUGGCUGACAUCACUGUUUUAUAUUUCCAUGUAAGAAGUCCUAUUAAAUGUGAAGUGCCUUCUUUUUUGCUAUGUUUAUACACUACCUCACUUAUGUGUCUGACUGAUAGGUGGUUUUUGUAUGAUGACAUAUGAUAACCAUAUUUAAUAUGCUUUUGUAUCCUUAGAAUAAUUUCACAUCAACUUUUAUAUAUUUUAUUAUCUUUUAUAAGUUACCAUGUCUCUAUUUUUCACUUAAGUAUGUAUGGAUGGACCCAAAGAUUUCCCUGGUUAGCUGGAGGAAAGCUAGAAGAAGAACAUUGGGUAUCACUGUGACCAUGUUUUUCACUCCGGACAAAGAAUGUAGUACCCGCAUAAAUUACUUGACUCCAUACUAUACACCUCUGUGUGCCUUAUCUCAGGGCAGAUUCUGGGUGGUACUCUGGUUCAACUCAGUCUGAACAUGAGAGAAAAUAAACCAGCUUUAACUAAGAA